CGUCGCUGGGGCGCUUCCUUUUCCAACUGCGGCGGAUCGCAAUCUCUCUAACCACACGCCACGUCUUCAGUCCUACCUUGACGCAUCUCCAGAAAAGAAAAGAAAAAUUCUAUUUGACCAGUCUUUCUCUUUCUCUCCAGUUUUUCAGUUGUUCCGCGCUGUCAACAUUCCUCCUCCAGUCCACUUUGGCCCAGAAAAGCCGAUAGAAAGGGAGUGUGGGAAAUAACAGCUGUGUUAAUUAUUCCGCAUUUGGCAUGAUGAUCGAAGGCCUCUAGAGAAACGGAGACAAAGCUCUGGAAGAAGAGGUCAGCCAUGGAGGGUCUUUUCACAUUGCUCGCAUUGAGCAUUGUGAUGGCAAUUACAUCUUUUGUUGUGGGCUCAUUACCACUUGCAUUCACGCUUUCCUCCUCUCAAUUGAGACUCAUAUCCUCCCUUGGCAUGGGAGUUUUGGUCGGAACAUCCUUGAUUGUUAUUAUUCCGGAGGGGGUAGAAACACUAUACAGCGCAAAGUCGCCGAGUGAAGGGAGAGCACUCAGCGGUCGUUCAACAACGGCGGCCACAACUUGGCAGUAUCAGAAUAUCCCGACUGUUGCUAGUGUUAAUUAUAUAGAAGGCGUCAACCCCGCUGAUGUCUCUUCGUCGGAUGUACCUGCCGCGUUGCCUGUUUCCGACUCCACACCGUAUAUUACACGUCGCGAGCAGAAAGGGAAAGAGGAGGCGUCAGAUGAAGACAAGAAGAAAGAAAACAAGGACGAAGGGAGCUCGCCGCAUGCCUGGGUUGGAGUCGCCCUCAUUAGCGGUUUCAUUCUCAUGUAUCUAAUCGACAAGCUCCCCGAAUUCGCUGCUCCGGGCAAACAGGAACGAACACCAUAUCAUAUUUCUCUUGACAACCUAGGCUCCGGACUACGCCGCAAUUCAUCUCCCUCCCGAGAAGGUGGAUUGUUGGAUGCUGGAAAUACCUCCAAGAGCAGCCACAGCUUUGCAACAACCACUGGGCUUGUCAUCCAUGCGGCUGCUGAUGGGAUCGCUCUGGGGGCAUCUAGUUCCGACACGGGCCUAAGCUUCAUCAUAUUCCUUGCUAUUAUGGUUCAUAAGGCCCCGGCAUCUUUUGGCCUUACAUCCGUGUUGCUCAAACAGGGUCUCUCUAGUCGUUCUGCAAGAGCGCAUCUAUUAGUCUUUAGCCUGGCCGCACCCUUGGGCGCCUUAGCAACGUUCUUAUUUGUGCAGGUAAUGGGUUCAGGUUCCAGCAGUGAUGUGUCUGUCACCCAUUGGCGAACCGGGGUUCUUUUGUUGUUUUCGGCCGGGACAUUCCUGUACGUCGCUAUGCACACAAUGCAGGAGAACAGUCCAAACUCCGUCUCACGUGAGGCCCAAGGAAAUGGAUAUGGCGACUCUAGAGAUAUACCGUCCAAAUCCAACAAGUCCAUGCGGGACUUGGUUGCCUCCGUUAUCGGCAUGAUUCUGCCGCUGUUCUUACAGCUCGGUCAUGCCCACUAACAUCAUCUUUACAGUCAUAUAUUGUUACGGCUAGACUCACCUUUUCAAAGAUUAUAGCG